ACCCAUUUCCAGGGCUCUCAGCGCUCCAGCGGUGGCCCUGCAGACCACUAGGCUAACGCAAACAGGAUGGUGCGGGCAGGAGUCUCUGAACGGAUCCGGUUUGCUUCACAAUCUCCAUCCCAUGCAGCUUUACCAAUGGGAGAGGCUCCCCUGGACUGGAUGGCUGCUGUUCACCUGGGGUCUGCAGUGGAUCACUGCAGAGGAAUACGCAGGCAAAGACAUUGGGCUCAGCACCUGCAAGCUCACUGUAGGAGAGUACGCAGCCACAUUGUCCAAGCACAUCGGGAAGACCAGGAAAGCUGCCAAGGCAUCAGCUCAGUACAAGAACCUCAGCUCCCCUGGCAUCCAGGAAUUGUCAAACAUGGCCAGGUUCUACAUCAUGCAUCCAGAGCAUGAGAAGUGGACCCUGAAACUCAACCCCAAGGCCAGAACCUUUGAUCAGCAACUAGCAGACAAUAAUGCUGCUUUUAAAGAUCUCUAA